AGGGAACAGUGAGCAGCCAGUGAAGCAUCCAGCCUGCCGAACAAGCUUGCUUUUAGGGUCAGGAACUGGUCUGACAAGAGAAUGGCAAUCCUGCCUUUAAACUGUCAUUAGGACUGCACGGCUGACGAUGAAUCCACCCGAGCUCCUGGCUCAAAGGCGAAACACUCAGCAAGAGAAUGUGAAGACAUAUUUCAGGACAUUGUGAGUGCUACUAAAGAUGUCUGAUAGUGUCGAUAUUGAAGAGAAACCACCAGCCCCCCCCUUGAGAAUGAACAGUAGUUCCCGAGACUCUUCAUCGUUGAAUCACGCCUCUAAACCGCUUCCAAUGGCUCCUGAAGAGAAGAACAAGAAAGUCCGCCUGCGCUCCAUCUUCCCAGGGGGAGACAAGACAAACAAGAAGAAGGAGAAGGAACGUCCAGAGAUAUCCCUGCCCUCAGACUUUGAACACACCAUUCAUGUUGGCUUUGAUGCUGUAACAGGAGAAUUCACAGGUAUCCCAGAGCAGUGGGCACGGCUCCUUCAGACCUCCAACAUCACCAAGCUGGAGCAGAAGAAGAACCCGCAGGCUGUGCUGGACGUCUUAAAGUUCUACGACUCCAAAGAGACCGUCAACAACCAGAAAUACAUGAGCUUCACCUCAGGAGACAAGUCGGCACAUGGGUACAUCGCAGCAAACACUCUGAACCGGCUGCUGUCAUCUGGGCCUCCUGUCAGCCUUAGAACCUGCAGCGCAUUAUUUGACAAGGGAGCCAAAACAUCAUCGACAGAGCCCCCAAUCGCUCCCCCUGUGUCAGAAGAGGAGGAUGAGGAAGAAGAGGAAGAGGAGGAGGAGGAGGAAGAGGAGGACGAUGACGACGAGCUGCCCCCGGUCAUCGCUCCUCGGCCCGAGCACACCAAAUCUAUCUACACACGCUCCGUCUUGGAGCCAAAGCCCCCCACCCCUGUGAAAGAAGUCGUGACUCCCCCGGAGUCACAGGUCCAGCCGGAGAACACGUCCAACACGAUGUACCGCAACACCGACCGCCAGAGGAAGAAGUCCAAAAUGACAGAUGAGGAGAUUCUGGAGAGACUCAGGAGUAUCGUGAGUGUGGGGGAUCCCAAAAAGAAGUACACACGCUUCGAGAAAAUAGGACAAGGAGCAUCCGGCACUGUGUACACAGCCAUCGACAUAGCAACAGGCCAAGAGGUGGCCAUCAAGCAGAUGAACCUGCAGCAGCAGCCUAAGAAGGAGCUGAUCAUCAACGAGAUCCUGGUGAUGAGGGAAAACAAAAACUCCAACAUAGUGAACUACCUGGACAGUUACUUGGUAGGAGAUGAGCUGUGGGUGGUGAUGGAGUAUUUGGCCGGCGGUUCGUUGACUGAUGUAGUGACUGAGACCUGCAUGGACGAGGGCCAGAUCGCUGCAGUCUGCAGAGAGUGUCUCCAAGCCCUGGACUUCCUGCACUCCAACCAGGUGAUCCACAGAGAUAUCAAAAGUGACAAUAUUCUCUUGGGUAUGGAUGGAUCCGUCAAGCUCACCGACUUUGGCUUCUGCGCUCAAAUCACCCCAGAGCAGAACAAGCGCAGCACGAUGGUCGGAACGCCCUACUGGAUGGCACCGGAGGUGGUUACUCGGAAGGCCUACGGCCCCAAAGUGGAUAUCUGGUCCCUGGGAAUCAUGGCGAUAGAGAUGGUGGAGGGAGAACCACCCUACCUGAAUGAGAAUCCACUCAGGGCGUUGUACCUGAUCGCUACAAACGGCACUCCAGAGCUGCAGAACCCCGAGAGGCUGUCGUCUGUGUUCAGAGACUUCCUCAACCGCUGUCUGGAGAUGGAUGUGGACCGCAGGGGCUCUGCUAAAGAGCUGCUCCAGCAUUCCUUCCUGAAGCUGGCGAAGCCCCUCUCCAGCCUGACGCCUCUGAUUGUAGCUGCAAAGGAAGCCAUAAAAAACAGCAGCCGCUAGGGUGUGCCCUCUGUCCCCACCUGAGGCUGGAGCCCUGCCUGGGAUGUGUGCAUUCAUGGGGGGCAGGGGCUUGGGUGUGUGCGCGGUGGGUGACGUGACAGUGACAGCACAAGGAAGGCAGGCAGGGGGGGUUGAUUGUGUGGCAUACAGUGACAGCACAAGGACAAAAGACCCCCAGGCCUCACAUGUAGGACUGACAUCUGGCCUUGCAGCCUCUCGGGCCCCCAUGCUGCUGAACAGUCUUUGCCUCCUUGUUUACUUCUCCAGCACUCUGUACAUGUAGAGCAGUCCAUCACAAGUGUGUGUGUGUAUGAGCAAGUGUGUGCGUGUGUGUACAGAAACUGUGCACAUCCCUGUGUGUGAUAUGUCUCAUGCAGAAGUGGCUCAGAAAAAUAACCAAGAAAAAACAGUGAAAAAUCAGAAAACAUGCUGAAUUCAAGUCCAGGAGUGAAGAGGAGAGAGUGAUGAAGAGUCUGGUUUGAGAGUUUCUUUCCUCUGGUCCCUCAGUGGAACACAAUCAGGCCACACCUGCACCUGCUUAUCUGAGAGAGCGACUCUGAGACCCCCCCCCCGCCUGCAUGACUUUGGCUCUGAGGAGAACCACGGCUUCUCCUCUGCAGACUGACACAUCUCGAGGCGGCAUAUUUGUGUGUGUUUGUGUGUGAAUGUGUGUGGGGGUGCAGCUGCAGCAGAAACCGUCAGGUGUGAUUUUACAUGACCUUUACCAGCUUUAACCAUCCUUCAUUAAUCUGCUUCACAUCAGAGCAGGGAUCCAGGUCUCACACUCAUUCUGUGACCGAGUCACUGGAGUUCAGGUUAGCUUUUGUUAAUCCGCUGAUUUUCCUCUCUGAUUAUUUUAAAUACCGAAACACUGUUGUGUCACAUUUUGCCUGCAUAACACCUUGAAUCUAACCAUAGGCGUACACGGCAUCCAUAAUACCUUUCAACUGAAGGUUGCACCUGCUAAUAUUUAAUUCUGGAAACCUAUCACACAUCCUGUCUCACCAAUUUAAGAGGGGAAAGCGUUUCAAUAAAAGGGGAAUGUGGCAGAAUUACUCAAAUUAUACAAAAUAGUGUCAGCCUUACCAAUAAUGACGCAAUUUAUCUGCAGAAUCAAGUCAGAAGAUCGUUCAUAACUGCUUGCCAACAUCAACUAGAGCAUUCAUAGUGUACAAAAAUCUCAUAGAGGAUGAAUAUAUUAUAGACACUCAGUAUGUGUGCCUCUCUUUUUUUAUGAUAUUGGAAAUAAAUCAGAACUGUGAGGCUAAUUUAACAGCUUUCUUAAUUAAUAUUAAGCUUUUUUUUUUUAAUACCAUACUGUAAUAAACUGCACGUUAAUUCCCCUCCACACCACAAGGAGACACCAUGCAGUGGUUAGGCGUUCUCGUGGCUCCAGUUUAGACUUUACAUGAUUGGAAAGGUUCUCAUUUUAAUCUCGUUUGUGUUGAUGGAUUAAGGUGCAAACAGGAGGGGGGGGGGGGGGGGGGGGGGGGGGGGGGGGUAAUAUCUCAGACCAGUGGUUCUCAUCUGGUCUAGCCUCAAGACCCAUCACCACCUACUCAAUGACAAAUCCCCAAUCUCUCAAUGUAUUGAAUGAAAAAUGGCUCAAUUUGCACCAGAGAUAGAUCGAUGUAGUGUAUGUGAAAUCACUAGAGAAAACAGUCUUUGAAAGAAGUGAACACGUUUGCCUUUAUAAGCAGAUCUGUUCGGCUCUGAAUGCUUAUCUCAGUUUGAUGCUUCCAUGCGCCGACAUUUUGCUGCACGCCGACACACUGAGGUUUUUGUGCCUUUUUUUUCCUUAAUCUAUAAAGCCAAACUGGUCCAACGAAUGGGCCAUAUUAAAAAUGCUUACUCAAACUAACUUCUGGCUAAUUUACAAACAAAAGAAUUGACAUUUUAAAAUGAGUGUUUGUGGGGCUUCCUGUUUUUAUUAAUAGUUAGCCUCAAGUGGACACAUGGGGAACUGCUUUUUAUUUUUGCACUUUAGCAUUGCCUCCAUUUUUCGACACUAGAGCCUGCCGCUUAAAACACAAACUCUACUCUUCUUUUUAGUACUAAUAUGAUUAUCUUGCUGUGAAUGGUGGCUGGCAACCAGUGUGAAGGUGCACCACCACCAUCGACUGUGUUGGAGUGGGAAAGGACAACCCUUCAACUGCACGAGAAACACAUGUCCUUGGAAAUAAAACUAAAAAUGAACCUUUUGCUGCAACUUUUUUCUCCCCCCAUGUACAUAUCUGAGAGCCACUGAAAAAAGCUCAACAACCCACUUUAGGGUCCUGAACCGCCAGUUGAGAACCACUGUGUUAGUCUUGCUAAUGAGCCUUUGUUUCUUAGAAAUGUGGCACAAUGAAGGUCAAGUUAUUUUUGCACCUGCAGUGAGUUGGAGGUCUGGUGCCACACACGGUUUCUUUGAAUGCCCCGUGCAUCACUGUGACCAACAUGUUAAACAGGAGCGAUUCCCCUUUGACUUAAAACAUUAAAAGCUGAAUUUAUAUUUAAUUGAAAGGUUAUCUUCUAUUGCAGAGAGCAUGAUAUGACUGUGACUUAUCCAGAAUGAGCGCCACAGAUGUCCUCCUUACCUGAACACAUAAUACCAUCGUCUCUGCAGACGUCUCCUCUGUUUUUUUUUUUUUAAAUGCUGCUCACACAUGCUUCAGUGACUUUUUUGUCUCUGUCUGGUGUCUUAUGUAACCUUUUUUUUUUCAUGCAAUCCCUCUGUUUUGUAGUGAAUCCAUGUGGCAGGAAAGAGAGGGGGAAUGUUAUCCACUGAGCGAGUACCGAGUGCCAUUUCAUGAUUGUACCUUGUAGAGCGCUGAAGCUGUCGUCGAGGCUCUUUUUUCUUCACUAGAAUUACUUCCUAACGUGUUUCAAACUCACUCCUGUGCAGAGGUCAUCUACAUUGAGUGGGCAUUUCAUAGCUUUGUCAGGCUUUGUCUCCCAUGUAGCACCUUUCCAUGUGUGUGUGUGUGUGUGUGUGUGUGUUUGUGUGCGUGCGUUAGGGGGCUACCUCAGUCUGCACUAGAAGAUGCCUCACUCAUGUUGUCCACCUUGACUCUGAGGGUGCCGGGUAGCUGCUUUAGUCCUAUUGUACCUCCAUUUGUACAGCUGAUGUACAGAAGAUGAAGGAGUGAUGUUUAGACAGGAGGAUGCGACAGAAUUCAUGCAUGUAAAACAAAAACUAUACACUGUAUCUCAUCUUGGAAUAGGUUAAGAUUGUUAGGAUAUGUAUGUAUGUAUGUAAAUAUGACGGGAAAACACCCCUUUUUUUCAGAAGUAUGUAACUUUAAAUGACUGUAAGCAGGUUGCUCAAUGGUCUGUAUCAAUAAAUGUUUUGCACCCUGGAUGAAAAAGGAAAAGAAAAAAAACGAACCCACACACACGCCGUCUCCGCACUCCUGGAUCUCCUGUUUGGGCUUCGUACGGGACACUCCUUCAUCUGGACAGAGAGCCCCAAGAACGCAGCACUCUUGAGUGUUAGUACAUGUGUGUGCGUUUGUGUGUGUAGGUAGGUGUGUGUGGCCCGUCAGGAAGCUCCGCUGACCGCCGGGACGUUUUUUUUUUUUUGUUUUUUUUUUGGGCUUCAUUGUACAGGUCUGAACUAUAUGAGCACAAAAGGUGAUUUUUUUUUUUGUUUGUUUUCGGUACGAGAGACACCGCUGCUGUGCCCCUUUUUUUCUGUGGUUGCUCCUGUACAUUCCUCUCUUCUGAAUGUGUAAACCUGUACAUGUGGUGUGAAAAUUCCUCUAUUAAUGUGUAUCAAGAGAAUGGAACAAAGACAAAAAAUGUUGCUUUUUAAAUUAUUAUCAUCAUUAUUAUUAUUAUUAUUACUCUUAUUAUUGUCUAGCUUUGUAAAAAACGACUGCUGAUCCAUCGGGCAUACCUCAGCAGGCCUUUCCCCCAUCUUUGAAAAAGGACAACUGAGCAACGGGGAAGUGAGGUUUUGGAUAAACUAUUUUUAAUUGUGGUUGAAGCAAUAGACUUUUUGAACUUUGAAUUGUGCAUGGCUGUGUCUUGAGUGUAAAAAAAUAUUGCAGUUUGGGAACUGGACUGAAAUAAAAAGAGGAAGAAGACCAA